AUGCUCAUGAGGAGACAUGGACCUCGUAAAGUGCCUGGCGAUGUCACUCGUCCUAAAAAAUCUGUGAUGGAUGAGGAAUCGCGCACCCAUACUCCAUCGACGCUCACAACUUCCUCUGAAUCUACAUGUAUCUCUGGUAGAUCUAGCGGGAGCGAUAGGACUUUGAGGCGGGACACCUUUCCUUCUACAGAGAUGAAGCCUGAGAUGCCUUCACAGGACCAAGAGCAUCAGCAAUCAACAAGUGGAGGACCUAGGACUGGCGAGCAGUGGACACCUUCCUCGCCGAAANUUUUUGAGAAUCUUGAACAUCAGGGCCAGCCAUAUCAACAUGGUCCUACAGCACAAUGGUUUGGUCCGUCGACACCAGAGAGUGUUGGCAGACCACCAUUAUUGAACACUGAUGGCUCUGCUUCCUUGCCCUCGCCUCAGUCUAUGCGCUCAGCAUACGGUUCACCUAAUGCUUCAGAACCUCCACUGCUCCGACCCACCAUGCCACCGCCUCAAAACAGUGGUUGGGCUGGUCAGCAAGGCGAUGAUGUCUGGAGUCAAGGAGCAGGUCGGCCUACACCCACCCCAAUCCAUUCAGGUGUAUCUCUCUUCCAACAGCCAAGACACCAGGUUGCAUAUCCUGGAAUGAAUACAAGAGCAGGUCCACUGCCUCAGAACCCUCGAUCCAACGUCAGACUCGAGGAUCAGGUAGAAGCUCUUCGCGAACACAUUGCAUCUCAACAGAGACCCAUAGGCCCCAACUUUGGAGGUCCCGCUGCAACACCAGGUCCGUAUUGGCAACACGCACAGAUGUACCCUACCAGUCCGCAGAUGCAGCGAGCAAGUUUCUCCCACGAUAACGGUCAAUCUUUGCGAUCAGUACGGCCUCCUCAAGCCGGCAUACCGUCGCCUGCCGCUACGGCUUCAAACUUUCCAGAUCUCNAAAAGACCACACUAGAAGGCUACGAACUUCUAGCAGCCAAGCUGACAGAUGGAACCACUGGAGCGAGACCGAUGUAUCGCAGUUUCGAGCACUUACAUCAUCGAUUACUUCUGUAUCUGCAAGACGAGAUCUGUGAGUACGAAGAAGAACUUCGCAACCUAGACGAAUGGAUAUCUCAAAUCGGCCUCGUGGUUUCUGAAGGGAAAUCGAAGCCUGCGUCAAGGCGCGCGGAAGCACGGAUUACACCUGCCGACAGCGAGUUGAUGUUUAGGAGGAAGUUUGUGUUGGGUGAGAUUUUUGUCAAGCUGGAAAGAUAUCGUAAGUCGGUGUUGAUACAUGUUUUGACUGCACGCGAGUGGAUCUUCUCUGCAGGCAUAUACGUGGCUUUCAUGACACUGAUCGCUGCUGUGGCUCGUUGA